AUGGUGAAAAUCGAAUUGUUCGAAGUGGAUCAUUGGAUCUUGUCUCGCAGCUCAACCACUGUCAAGCAUAAUCUCGCACAUUCUUAUUGUCUUCCUAGAUCGAUUAGAGAUCUGCAACAACUGGCCGGAGAUUCCGAUGCGGCUACUGAGGCUUUCUCUCAAGUUCUCUCAAAGGCAUUGGACUAUGGCCCGAUGAAAGGGUCCGAACGUCUGCGGUCCAAAAUCUCCAAAGGGUACUUGACUGGAUCAUCCAGUGAUUUGUCAAUAGAGAAUAUAAUCACGACUCCCGGGGCCUCAUUGGCAAAUUUCCUCGUCAUAUUUGCCUUGUUGGGUCCGGGCGAUCAUGUUAUCGUCCAGUAUCCCACAUAUCAGCAGCUCUAUUCCCUCCCAAAAUCCCUCGGAAUAGAUGUCAGUCUGUGGGAAACAAAGAAAGAUGAAGGCUGGAAACUGGAUUUGGAACAACUCAAAGGUCUCAUUCGCCCGAAUACGAAAAUGAUCAUCAUCAACAAUCCACAAAAUCCAACUGGUGCAAUCAUUACCAAAUCCACACUGGAAGCCAUCGUGGACGUUGCGAGAGACCACUCGAUAACAAUCUUCAGCGAUGAAGUUUACCGUCCGCUCUUCCACUCGAUCUCUCCAACAGAUCCGGAAUACCCUCCUUCAAUUCUGUCAAUGGGUUACGAAAAUACGAUUGCCACAAGCUCCUUAUCAAAGGCAUACUCGUUAGCAGGACUUCGAGUGGGAUGGAUUGCUUCUCACAGCUCCAAGGUCAUCGAUCUUUGCGUCAAUGCACGGUCUUACGCCCUGAUCACUGUCAGCCAGAUUGACGAAUAUCUUGCCUCUUUCACUCUGAGCCCUUCUGUUGGCCAAGGCUUGAUCGAAAGGAACGACACGCUCGCAAAACGCAACCUCUACUUGGUACAGUCGUUCAUUGAUAAAAAUAGUUCAGCCUGUGAAUGGGUGAGGCCUGUAGGAGGACCUAUUGGUUUCAUUAGAUUUACACGAUCCGGUAAGCCUGUUGACGACCUGGAGUUGUGCACUGCUCUCCUACAGAAAAGGGGAGUUCUCCUUGUGCCGGGGCGGAAAUGCUUCGGAGAUGGAGUUAACUUCUCUGGUUAUGUACGUCUUGGAUUCGGGGGUGACACAGGCGAGCUCGAGGUAGCCUUGGAUGCCUUGCAACUUUUCCUUCAAGAAGAUUAUUCAGAUGUGCCCUUAUCCACUGGACCUUAG